AUGAAGCUUUUGACUAUUUUGACUAUUGUGGAAUUAAUACUUGUGGGUGGUGUACAUGCUACCCCGGCUGCACCGCCUCAACCAGGUUUGAAAAUUGAUGAGAGUAACCGAAAACAACUUGAUGAGUUAGUCCAUCAAUUAGAAAUACUCAACGCUCAGAAUAGCAAGUUGGAGAAUGACUUCACUGAAGAUUACAACCUAAUUCUGAGAGAUCUCGACUAUGAGGACUUGUCGGCAAGAUCUGAUCUUCCGAUAUUAGACACUGUCUUUAGACUUGUCAACAGUUCUGGUGUUGCUAUUCUUGCCACUGAUUUUCUUUUGACACGGGAGCCAUUACUUGACACUGCCAUAGACACAUUGAUACGUGCCAUUGAUGAACAAUGGGUAAACAUUACUACAAUAUUUAUCGCUCUUGAUCAAUCAGGUUUACUUUUAGAUACAUUAAUGCAUUCUAUUAAAGAUCCGGAUGUGUUACCUGGCUUAUUGAGAAUCACAAAAGAAGUGAUUAAUCAAUCUGGAUUCCGGAUUUUCAACGUUCGAGAAACCAAAGAUCUUGCCGAUCAAUCGCCAGAAGAUUCUACUUCUAUAGAUGUCUUUAAAAGGGAGAAUUCCUUGUUGGUGUUACUAUUCACAUCUUUGAAAGAUUCAGGUUUGGUUGUUUCUUUGACUAACCAUAUUCUAACGACCCCAGAAUUGGCUCCUGGUGCAGCUCACUUUGUAUGGAGAACAUUAAAGUUGCGGCCCCUGACACUCUAUAAAAUAUUUGAUGCAUUGAAAAGAUCUAAUUUAAUUUGGAAUUUGCUUAGAGAGAUUAUCAAUGUUCCAGCAAUUUUAUCAAAUUUUAGCACAAUUAUCACUCAAACUAUUUCCCUGAAACUUAAUUUACAAUGA